AUGCUAGCGGCACUCAACAGCAACAUCCGUGCCCACGAGGACGAGGCAGUCGUCAAUUCCGCUAAGCUGCCUGCCACCCAUUCCCCCUUCUUUCGCCCUCCUUAUAUGGCCCACGUGCGCAUGCUAGCAGCGCUCAACAGCAACAUUCUAGCACAUGAAGACGAGGCAGUGUUCAAGUUCUCCCACCUGCCUCUCAGCUGCCUAUCACUUGCCUGCUCAUGUGCCCUCCCCCACCAGGCGCACGUGCGCAUGCUAGCGGCGCUCAACAACAACAUCCUGGCUCACGAGGACGAAGCGGUCUUCAAGUUCUCCCAGCUGCCUGUGGCGGGCGGCAGUCAGAUCUACCUGGGCCUUCCCUGCACUGUCACGCACGCUGUGACUCAUGGAAGCCCUUUAUAUUGCCUCUCGCACUCGAAUUCUCAAAAGAAAGUCACGUGCGCUGCUCGUUUUCCGCCUCCUUCCUCUGCUCAGAUGAUGGAGCGAUCGGACUUCGAGAUUCUGGUGCUGCUGGAGGCAGUGAUGAUGGAGCGGUCAGACCUUGAGAUCCUGGUGUUGCUGGAGGCGGUCGACUGCUCCACGUCUGCCAGUAGUCUCAUCUCCUUGUAUUCACAUCCUCUGCUCACUUCCCUGUUCUUCCUCGUCCCCCGCUCUACCCAGAUGAUGGAACGAUCUGAUCUUGAGAUCCUGGUGCUGCUGGAGGCGGUCGACUGCUCCACCUCUGCCACCCUGCAAGGAAGAUGGUCUAUCGAGCUGCAAACGGCCGGCGCUGUGUGGUAUGUCCCUCCCCAGCCUCUCCCCAGCCUCUCCCCAGCCUCUCCCCAGCCUCUCCCCAGCCUCUCCCCAGCCUCUCCCCAGCCUCUCCCCAGCCUCUCCCCAGCCUCUCCCCAGCCUCUCCCCAGCCUCUCCCCAGCCUCUCCCCGCCUCUCCCCGCCUCUCCCCGCCUCUCCCCGCCUCUCCCCGCCUCUUCCCGCCUCUCUGCGCCAUCUCCCUUUUCUCUCUGCGCCAUCCCCCCCUCCUCCUCUCUCCACCAUCGCUUUUCUCUCCUCCAUCCCUUCUCUCUCCGCCAUCCCUCCCUCAGACCCCUCACCUCAACCCCUCCAUCCGCCCUCCUCUCUCACCCUCCCCUUCUCCUUUCUCUCCCUUCACAUAACAU